AUGCGGAUUAAUAUCAUCUCUUUGGUGGCUCUAGCUGCUACAGCUUCGGCUCUCCUUGUUACCUCGCCACAAAUUGGUGAAAAGAUUGAUCCCGAAAUGCCCCUUACUAUCAAGUGGCAGACUGUCGCAACGGACCCAGAUACCUUCACUAUCCAGCUGGUCAACCAGAAUGUCUAUCCUCCGACAACAGAAGUGGUGGUAGAGGAUGUAGACUCUUCCAAGGGCUCCUACACCGUCAAAGCAAAGACAUUCACAGGUGUAGACGAUGGAAAGGGAUAUCAGAUCAACUUCAUCUCUCCCACCAGUGGCAUUUUGGCUCAGUCUCAGCAAUUCGGAGUCACUGAGCCUGGUGCAAUUGCUAGUAGCUCUGGUAAGGAAACCAGCACUGCUCUUGAAACUUCGUCUGCUCUUGAAUCAUCGUCUGCUCUUGAAACCUCGUCUCUCUCGUUGAUGUCUUCCACCGCGUCGGCCACUGAUCUUACAUCGACUCCUUCCGCGACUGCUUCCUCUCUGUCUUCGACCGCUACUCACUCUUCCAGUGUCCGCUUCUUCCUUCAUUAUAUCCACUACCCCAACUACUUCCUCCACUACCGCUUCUAUAUCACCUAUAUCCGCAUCUCUCUCGACUCCAAGCACAAUUCCUUCCACAUCCCAUUUUACCCAAUCCACUACCCCUGUAUCGUCCGUUUCGGCAAUGGCUUCGUCCUCGACCAUGUCAACCGCAACCCAUUCAACCUCUACUUCCACCACUCACCGUACCUCAUCCGCAACCUCCUCUGCUACGGAGUCGGCAUCUACCACGAAUGCUGCGGCUCUCCUCAUGCCACCUGUUGGAAGUCUGCUUUUGGGCUUGCUUGCUUUGGUUCUUUAAAUCCCCGCCCUUUAUCCCUCUGGCAACCGGUCAGUUGGAGAUCCUGGGAUUAA